UUUCGUAGAAGUUCCUCUGUUCUUUUUUUUUCUAAUCUCUAGACUAUCAUGGUAUAAUGCUUUAUAGGAGAGAGAUAUGGUACGCAGUGAUAGAGAUAGAAACCCAAGGGCAAAUGCAUCAACCUCUGGGCUAAGAAAUGAUGAUAGAGAACCAACCUUACGUGAGAUUGCCGAGGAAGGUAACCCUAUGAUACGCAUGAUGGCUAGGAUUGUGGAACAGCAAAAUAUGUUGAUCACAGAAUUGACACAUCGUGGAGGUACUCCAAGGACUGAGGAGCAAGAACGUCCUACCAAUGAGGGACCUAUCUUUGUGUUGGAGAGAUUUAAAAAGCUUGGACCUCCAUCUUUUCAAGGGACAACGGAUCCUUUGAAGGCUGAGUCAUGGCUGAAGCAAAUUGAAAAGAUUUUCACAGUUAUUGGGUGCACAGAUGAUCAAAGGGUUGUGCUUGCCUCCUUUAUGCUUCAAGGUGAGGCGGAUCAUUGGUGGGAGGCGACCUCUCGCCUUAUGAGGGCUCAUUUAGGAAAUAGACCCAUCUCUUGGAGCAUGUUUCAGGAGGCCUUUAAUGAGAAAUAUUUCCCUGAUCGAGUUCGUUUCAAGAUGGAGGCUGAUUUUCUAAGUUUAAUACAAGGGAAUAAAUCAGUGGCUGAAUAUGAAGAGCAAUUCACAGCUUUGUCGCGUUUUGUUCCUAAAUUAAUUGAUGAAGAGGGUAGUAAGUGUCGAAGAUUCUUUGAAGGAUUGCGUCCAUCCAUUAAGGCUCAAUUAUCAAUUCUUAAGUUGACAACAUAUUCGGAUAUUGUUGAUCGAGCUAUGAUAGCAGAAAGAUAUUUGAGGGAGUCCCAAACUGGUAGAGACACUUGGAACAAAAAUAAUAAACAGUAUGAAUCUCGAAUUGGAGGAUCAAACCAGCAGGGUGAUGAGCUAGUAAGACAUUCCAAUAAUGGGUCUUCGCAUAAAAACGUUCCCUUCUGUCAGUAUUGCGGUAAUUCACAUAUUGGAGAAUGUCUGAAGAGAAAAGGUGCUUGUUUUGGGUGUGGUGAAGUUGGACAUAGAAUCAGAGACUGUCCAAAGAAAAGAGGUGCUAUUAUGGGAGCUUCCAGUGAUGAAACAGAAAGGAAGAAGCUAAGGACCCAAGGACGUGUUUUUGCCCUAACCAAGCAAGAUGAUGAAGCUCCUAAUAAAGUGGUUUCAGAAUAAGUUUUCUAGAUUAGCUAGGAGGGGUGGAAUAAAAUAAACUCAAGCUGAGUUGGGAGAUUGAAGAGUUUUGAUAUCUAGAUUUUAUUGUUUAUGAAUAUUGUAAUUGUGGAUUAUUUAUAAGGUGUGAUUAUGUUUAAUUAUUUUCUUUUUGGGGAUUAUUUUGGCAAAAAUAAGAUUAUAUUAUGCUAUAGAAUUAUUUUUUUUAGAAUGAAGUCAUGGAUUAAAUUAGUUUUGCAUUUUCAAGUGAGGUUA